UAAGAAAUAAAUGGUAUAAUGAUAGAACCACAAUGGAGAGGCGAGACUAAAUUCCAAAUGAUCAGAGAGUAAAAUAUAGAUUUUUAAAAAUUAAAAAAAAUAAAAAAUAAAAAAUAAAUAUUUGUAAGAAAGUUUUUUUUUAAUUUAGCUUAAAAUUUUAUUUUUUUUUCAACUUCCGUCUACUAGCCCAAAAGCAACUUGGGGCUUAGAUUGGCCUGCUCGCUAACUUUCCUUUUUGCGCUUACUGGUGAGUGCUGUCCAUGAUGCUGAUGCUGAUGCUGUGGCGGUGCUCACCUUCUUGGGCAAUGGGCAAUGGGCAAUGGGCACCUAUGGGCUAUGGGGACCUGAUCCGCUAUUUGCGUCACGUGACUCUCGCGAUCGUCUCCGUUCAUUGAUCCCACCCAUGUGGCCAUCUCCAGCUCCAGCUCCAAUUCCAACUCCAGCCGCAACCCACCUCGGCACCUCGCUCGCUCACUCUCUUCCUUCUCCUUGGCCCACGCUCUCUCUGCCACUGUUGCUGCUCUCUUCACUCCCUCGUCACCUCCACCGCCGCCACCAGUAGAUGGCGCUCACUGCGGUGGCGCCGCCGUUGUCCCUCUGCCUCCGCCAACCUCCGCCCUUCCUGCGCCCCGCCCCUCUCUCCUCCUCCGCUCCUCAUCCUCCACCUCGGCUUCCUCUCCUUAAACCCCUCGCGUCCCUCCCCAAAGCCCUUAAACCCAUAAACUCCUCCUCCCCCUUCCUUGGCCUCCGCCUCCGCCUCCGCCGCCGCCGCUCCCUCCUUUCCUACGCCGCCGCUUCUGAUUCGGACUCUAUCCCCUCCCCCACCGCCAAGGACGACGGCAAGUUCCAUGAAUGGGAUUCCAUGACCGCCAAAUUCGCCGGCGCGGCCAAUGUACCCUUCCUCCUCCUCCAGCUACCGCAGAUCGUCCUCAACGCCCGCAACCUUCUCUCCGGCAAUAAGACUGCCCUCUUUGCCGUCCCAUGGCUCGGAAUGCUUACCGGGUUACUUGGCAACCUCUCUCUUCUCUCCUACUUUGCAAAGAAGAGGGAGACGGAGGCCGUCCUCAUCCAAACCCUCGGGGUUAUCUCGACCUACGUGGUAAUCGCGCAGCUCUGGAUGGCAGGGGCCAUGCCGUCGCCACAGUUUGUAGCCACGUCUGCGGUUGUGGCCACGGGGCUGGUCUUGAACUUCCUCAACUACUUUGCUUGGCUAAACGAUAGGGUUUGGCUGCUGUGGGAGGACUUCAUCACAGUCGGCGGCCUCUCCGUGCUCCCUCAGGUGAUGUGGUCGACGUUUGUUCCCUUCAUACCAAACAGCAUCCUGCCUGGGAUUAUCUCAAGUGCCGUCGCGGUUGUGGCUGUUGUCAUGGCUAGGAUGGGAAAGCUUUCUGAUGAAGGAACUAGGUUUGUUCGAUCAUUAUCUGGGUGGACAGCAACACUUCUUUUCAUGUGGAUGCCUGUUGCACAAAUGUGGACAAAUUAUCUCAAUCCAAAUAACAUAAAAGGCUUGUCGGCUUUCACCAUGUUGCUUGCAAUGAUCGGAAAUGGUCUUAUGAUUCCACGGGCUUUAUUUAUUCGAGACCUGAUGUGGUUCACUGGCUCUGCUUGGGCAUCCUUUCUUCAUGGUUGGGGUAACUUGGCCUGCAUGUACUGCUUCAAUAGUAUUAGCAGGGAAUUUUUCUUGGCAACAACAGUCGGCUUGCUUCUAUGGCUAGGAACAAUACUUUGGAGAGAUACUGUUGCUCAUGGCAACAGUUCACCCUUGACUUCCUUGAAGGAGCUAGUUUUCGGACCGUGAUGGGGUCUGCUGCUUAACUGCUUCCUGCAUUGCCGUUGGCAUCAUUCCAGGUAUCGUCAACCUUGAUUGUUAGUUCCCCCUGAAUCGAGAGUUCUGGUGCUAUAUCCGAGGCACUUAGUCUUUUUUGCGGCUGGCUUUUAUGGCAAAUCUGCAAGCGGCAACAACCACUGGCCAGCUCUUGCCUCUUGGAAUGAUCUCAACGUCCGUAACGGCAUUAUUAGUUAGCAUUUUGGGGCGGUUAAUUUUUCAGAUGCAUGUUUGACAAUGAAAUUUGUAUAUCAACCGGCCGGUAACUAUAGUGCACUAUAAUAAUUAGGAGCAAAGCCUGUGGAUAAUUAUUUAUUUAUUUAUUAUUUAUUUAGCGUGAGAUUGCGGAGCGGCGAAUGCUUCAUAAAAAUAAUAGAAGGAAAAUAAAACGCUAAUGCAAUCUCACAGCUGCCAGGGAAGGGCUGACAGUUUACUA